UCCCUUACGACUACAUCUACCCCGAGCAGUUCUCGUACAUGCUGGAGCUCAAGCGCACGCUGGACGCCAAGGGUCAUGGAGUCCUAGAGAUGCCCUCAGGCACUGGGAAGACAGUAUCCCUGUUGGCCCUGAUCAUGGCAUACCAGAGGGCGUAUCCACUGGAAGUGACUAAACUCAUCUACUGCUCGAGGACUGUGCCUGAGAUUGAGAAGGUGAUCGAAGAGCUGCGAAAGUUGCUCAACUUCUAUGAGAAGCAGGAGGGUGAGAAGCUACCAUUUUUGGGGCUGGCUCUGAGCUCCCGGAAGAACCUGUGUAUUCAUCCUGAGGUGAUGCCCCUGCGCUUUGGGAAAGACGUCGACGGGAAAUGCCACAGCCUCACGGCCUCGUACGUGCGGGCGCAGUACCAGCAGGACCCCAGCCUGCCCCACUGCCGCUUCUAUGAGGAGUUUGAUGUCCAUGGGCGCCAGGUGCCCCUCCCUGCUGGCAUCUACAACCUGGAUGACCUGAAGACCCUGGGACGGCGCCAGGGCUGGUGCCCCUACUUCCUCGCCCGCUAUUCGAUCCUGCACGCCAACGUGGUGGUUUACAGCUACCACUACCUCUUGGACCCCAAGAUUGCAGAGCUGGUGUCUAAGGAGCUGGCCCGCAAGGCCGUCGUGGUCUUUGACGAGGCCCACAAUAUUGACAAUGUCUGCAUCGACUCCAUGAGCGUCAACAUCACCCGCCGGACCCUCGACCGCUGCCAGGGCAACCUGGAGACCUUACAGAAGACGGUGCUCAGGAUCAAGGAGACCGAUGAGCAGCGGCUGCGGGAAGAGUACUGCCGCCUGGUGGAGGGGCUGCGGGAGGCCAGUGCCGCCCGGGAGACCGACGCCCACCUGGCCAACCCCGUGCUUCCUGACGAGGUGCUACAGGAGGCUGUGCCCGGCUCCAUCCGCACGGCCGAGCACUUCCUGGGCUUCCUGCGGCGGCUGCUGGAGUAUGUCAAGUGGCGGCUGCGGGUCCAGCACGUGGUGCAGGAGAGCCCCCCCGCCUUCCUCAGCGGCCUGGCCCAGCGCGUGUGCAUCCAGCGCAAGCCCCUCAGAUUCUGUGCCGAGCGUCUCCGCUCCCUCCUGCACACCCUGGAGAUCUCUGACCUUGCCGACUUCUCUCCACUCACCCUCCUGGCUAACUUCGCCACCCUCGUCAGCACCUACGCCAAGGGUUUCACCAUCAUCAUCGAGCCCUUUGAUGACAGGACCCCCACCAUUGCCAACCCCAUCCUGCACUUCAGCUGCAUGGACGCCUCACUGGCCAUCAAACCCGUGUUCGAGCGCUUCCAGUCUGUCAUCAUCACAUCUGGGACCCUGUCCCCACUGGACAUCUACCCCAAGAUUCUGGACUUCCAUCCUGUCACCCUGGCAACCUUCACCAUGACGCUGGCCCGGGUCUGCCUCUGCCCCAUGAUCAUUGGUCGUGGCAACGACCAGGUGGCCAUCAGCUCCAAGUUUGAGACCCGGGAAGAUAUUGCGGUGAUCCGGAACUAUGGGAACCUCCUGCUGGAGAUGUCCGCCGUGGUCCCUGAUGGCAUCGUGGCCUUCUUCACUAGCUACCAGUACAUGGAGAGCACUGUGGCCUCCUGGUAUGAGCAGGGCAUUCUUGAAAACAUCCAGAGGAAUAAGCUCCUCUUCAUUGAGACGCAAGAUGGGGCCGAGACCAGCGUCGCCCUGGAGAAGUACCAGGAGGCCUGUGAGAAUGGUCGUGGAGCCAUCCUGCUGUCCGUGGCCCGGGGCAAAGUGUCCGAGGGAAUCGACUUUGUGCACCAUUACGGGCGCGCGGUCAUCAUGUUCGGCGUCCCCUACGUCUACACGCAGAGCCGCAUCCUCAAGGCACGGCUGGAGUACCUGCGGGACCAGUUCCAGAUCCGAGAGAAUGACUUUCUCACCUUCGACGCCAUGCGCCAUGCGGCCCAGUGUGUGGGCCGGGCCAUCCGGGGCAAGACAGACUACGGCCUCAUGGUCUUUGCCGAUAAGCGGUUUGCCCGGGCAGACAAGCGCGGGAAACUGCCCCGCUGGAUCCAGGAGCACCUCACCGACGCCAACCUCAACCUGACUGUGGAUGAGGGAGUCCAGGUUGCCAAGUACUUCCUGAGGCAGAUGGCUCAGCCAUUCCACCGGGAGGACCAGCUGGGCCUGUCCCUGCUCAGCCGGGAGCAGCUGGAAUCCGAGGAGACGCUGCGGAGGAUAGAGCAGAUUGCCCAGCAGCUGUAGCUCAAGGUGCGGACAGGGCCGUAGCAGUGCAUGCGGUGACUCCGGGGGCUCACCUGGCCCUGGGGCCCAGCGGCUGGGAGGUGGCCUCAGGUCCUCACAGGAACCUCAGGCAGACAUUCCUGGCUUCCAGAUCUACAGCCUUUAAUCAGAGGAG